AAAUGAUUCGUUAAAUACCGCAGAAUUAACAAUUUAGCUGGAAAUCUUUAAUAUUAUUUUAGAAAAUAUCAAUUAUUUUAAGCAUUUGCAUUUUAUUAAAAAUCUUCAAGCUACUUUCCUGAAUGUUAGCUAUCUAUUAAAUGCUGAAAAAGUUUAACUGCAGUUGAUAUCAACAAACAUUACUUAAAAACAACGAAAAUUCGUUCGAUUUUGGUGCAUCCUAACAAAAAUAUGAGUGAUGAUGAAUUGCAAUUAUUCUCAGAAGAAAGAGUUAGUAAUGAUGGCAACGAUUCUGAAGAUAUGGAUGAAGAGUUGAUAACUCCUCAAAAGCUUUUGCAAAGAAUAGAAAGUGCUUGGAUGAAUGAGAAACAUUCUCCAGAUAUUCUUCCUUUUCAAGGAGAAAUGGUCGAUCUGAUGCUGGGUCAACUUGCUCAUAUGGAGGAAAAUCUUGAGGCAAUUGAUAGAAAUGAUUUCCGAAAAAUCACUCAUAAGAUGGAACUGGAAAGAAUCAGAUUCAUUGUUGCGAGUUAUCUCAGAUGUCGUCUUCAAAAGCUUGAGGAAUUCACACAACAUAUCCUAACAGAGGAGAGGAAACGUCCACCAGACAAAAAACGCCUUUCAGAUGCAGAAGUGAAAUUUGCUGAAGAUUUCUUUGAAAGUGUUGAAAGACAUUUUCAACUUUUAGCUCUUCGACACAUUCCUCCAAACCAGGACGACAUCACAAAACGAAUCGUUCGUCCUAAUCUCAUGAGCAAUGUCUUCUUUCGUGUAGUCAAAAGUUGUGGCACAGUUGUGAACACAAAUGAUGAAGAAGUUGAAUUAUUAGAGGAUUCUCAGCACAUGCUACCAUAUCAACUUAUAAGUGAUUUGAUAAUUAAAGGUGAUAUUCAAUUAAUUUAAUGAAUUCACUGCCUUAUUUAAUUAAUUAAAAAAAUAUUUUUAAAAAAGAAACCAAAAAAGUUUUUUGUUGACGAAUUUUAAAUUUGUUAAUCGC